ACAUCAUAAGACUGUUGACGAAAAACCCGUUGAACAAGGUGAAUGCCAUUCAGAUAGAGAAAAACAAUUCAUCACCACAUAGUCUAAAACAUUUCUCAUACUUUCUGAGAAGGUUUCACCUUGGACAGACCAUCCAGUGAACACUGAAAGGAUUUAAAUGUGUGGUUAGAUUCACAAAUGGAAUUUGCCUGCGGGUUCGUUUAUGUUGCACCAUCACCGAGUCAAAAGGACGGUCAAGGAUCCGGUGGCAAUGGUUUUAAACGUUCAGCUCUCCUCCCUCCCAUCCGGAUUCGUCCGAGCACUGCUCCUCCACCUCCUCCAACAUCCACCACAGGCACACAAAAAUCAACCCCUAACACUUUACCCAUCAAACCCAGUGAACAGCUGGAAAAGAAGAACGUGAAGAAAGAUGGGAACCCUACACCCAUCUACGAGAAUGCAGAAUUUCUCUCCAAAUUAAUGGCAGCUGCGAACACCAACAGAGUCAGCCAACAGGCGAGCCCUCACCAAAAGAGAGCUUUGUUUCCACCGCAUAUGAGACCAGCCAAGUCAUCUCCUUACAGCCAACCACUGCCUUUCUUUGUGGCCAACAACCAGAUCUAUGACCUUCCCAGAGAUGAGCCUGAUUUACAUACUCAUCUCUGUGACCCAAACUACUCAUACGAUAUCCCAGAAGACCGUGGGGGCACCGUGAAGCUGCUUCCUGAGCUGCAUAAUACCCCUCUGCCAGCACAGACAGCAGCUUCAUCCGUCCCUUCAAGACCUUCAUUUAUGAAGCCAAUACCAGAAUACAUAGAGGUGUUGUCCUCAUCAUCAUCUCGUUCAUCAUCUCAGAAGUCAACCUCAGCGUCACCUCCUGUUUCAAAAAAAACUAGUAAAGGAUUGGAGCAUAAAGGGCCUCUGAUAGGAAAUCCGAAUGUGAUCCUUGUCAAUUUAGGAAAGCUGCUCUCAGAAGAACGAGUACAGCCCAUACAAGGAGAACCCACCUCCUGCUCCCAAUGUGGCUCUGUGGUGGACUCCUACUAUACCAAUGUGGUUAAUGGGUGUUACUUCUGCCAGUCUGAAAAGGUGACCAACCUUCCCAGUGAACCCCUGUCCUGCCCAAAAUGCAACCAGGAUGAGCUCUUCCACCUCAACCCUGAUGACAAAUUCCAGACCACAGACACUAUUCUGCUCUUUUGCAUUGAUAUUUCAGCUUCCAUGAGCAUCACCUCACAGGUGCUUUUAGGAGAACGUCAUGUCUACAGAUCCCGUAUACAGUUUGUCCAAGAAGCAGUAUUACAGUGUGUUAAAUCAUUAAGUGAGCAACAACCAGAGAUGCAAGUGGGACUCAUCACUUUCAACAACGAGGUGACAAUACACGGAUACAAGGAUUUUGCAUCCCGUAAGCUGAGCGGUGCCGAGUUGGCUGACAGCGGUUAUCUUAAAAACAUAGCAACUCAGUUCCCUAGUCCGCCGCCACUGUGUCAGAUGAAGGAAUAUUUAUGGAAUGAAAUUUGGGGAUUAUCUGCUUUCGGAACCACAGCUCUGGGUCCAGCUGCUCUCAUAGCAGUCACCAUGGCAUCAAGACUGCCAGGGUCAAAGGUGAUUAUCUGUACAGAUGGGAAGGCCAACACAGAUCUAGGGAAUCUAGAGGUGGAAGACAAUGACGCUCGCACCCUCCUCUCAUCCACCAUCUUCUACCAGAACUUGGGCGAAUAUGCUGCCGAUCAUGGUGUGACAGUGUCUGUGAUGUCCAUAGCGGGAACAGACUGCAGGCUGGAUGAGCUGGGAAAACUCGCCGAUCGCACUGGAGGGAAAGUGGUCAUUGCAAGACCUCAUGAACUUCACCCACAGUUUGAAGAGAUCAUUGAGAACCGGCCGAUAGCUACACACUGUGGAGUAACGUUAUUGCUGCCCAAAACACUACGUGUGAAAGGAGAGCGAGAGGCAGAUCAUAAAGGGACAAGAGAGGUGGGAAAUGUGCCGCCAAAUACGGAAAUCACAUUCCAGUUUGGAGCCAAAGAUGCCAAGACAGGAGUCCCGGCCUCUAGCAGCCACGUUUCCAUCCAGCUCCAGAUCAGGUACAGGCUGAGGAACGGACAGAUGAUGCUCAGAGUAAUAACCACAGAACAAGAAGUUACUGAUGACAGCUCGGUGGCGCUGUCCCGUCUUUCUCUGGCCAUCAUCCAGCUCAACUCAUCACAGGCCACCGCUGCUCUGGCUGUCAGAGGCCGCUUCCUCGAUGCCAUGAAGGAAGGCGAGCUGCAGAGGAGGCUUAUCGAGAGAGAAAUAGCACAUAAUAGCAAUGCAGAGGACAAACAAACAUACGACGACUGGAUUCAAGCCAUGGAACCGAUACACAGAAACAUACAUAUCUACACAAGAAGGAAAUCUGUCCCUUCUGACUCACAGCCUCUUACAGAUGUUGGUGCAGCGCUGCUCUACACCCUGAAAAAUAGCAACACAAAGUCUGUCACACUGAGACACAAGCAUAAACCUUAGCCAAACAUAAUCUGUACAUAUUUCAGACCGUGAAAUGAAAGUUUGUGGCAUUAUUACUUCUGUCAUAUUUAUACUUUUGUUAAAUCUAUUUUGAAAUCCUUUCACAGUUGGUUGUCCCAGCUGCUGAGGAAACACAGUAUACAUGAGUAGGAAUGUAACACUAUAUGAACCUAAAUGUAUCUUUUUAUACAGAUCACGCAGGGAAGAAAAUUACUUUACAUUAUAAAGCUGAGACCUAACUGUGUAAGCAAAAUAUCAAAUCAUAUAUAAAUGUGAAUGCCCUUAGUAAAACAUAAAUCUGCUCAUGAUGAUGUAUUUAUGAGUUCUUUUACUGUAAUUGUUGUGUAACUAUAUGUGUCAAAUGUAAAAGACGUUUUAAGCACAUAAUUUUCAUCUGGAUGGUUCACAUUCCUGUCCUGUCAUUCCUCCUGUCUGAAAUGAAGAUAUGAAUUACAUAUGGACCAUAAAUGCAAGAGGCAUGCAUGCAUACAUACAUACGUUAUGAAUCAGAGUUGCACCAUAUAUGCAAGUCAAUGCAAAAAUAAAUAACUUAUAAUGCUUACAUUCUUCCAAAAACAUUGCAUUUCAGUGCUCCAAUUACAUUCCUUUUGGCCAUAUAUAUAUAUAUAUAUAUAUAUAUAUAUAUACAUAUACACACACACACACACAAGUUGCCCAAAUGCAAAAAUAUAUAAAUAAUUUGGAAUGUUUGCACUACUCCAGCAACAUCAGAUAUGACUACUUUCACAAUAUUCAUAUUUAUAUUUUAAAGAUACAAUGAAGCAGAUUUGCACCACAGAUGGAAAUGGCCCAAGUGAAUGCAAAAAUAAAUAAAUAUUUCACAAUGUUCACGCUACUCUAAAAACAUCAGACUAGCACUCUGACCAUAUUAACGGCUUUCACAUUUUAAAGACAUAAUAUGAUUCCAAUUUUGACCAUGUAUAGGGGUGGCCCAAAUCAAUGCAAAAAUAAACAUUUGGAAUGUUUACACUCUUCCCAAAAGAACACUUCUCAGAGCUCUCACUACAUUUACAGAAUUCACAUUUCCAGAGAUAACAUAUGAAUCAAAUUUAGGCCAUAUCAAUUUUUUCAAAAAAAAAAAAAAAAAAAAAGAAAAAAA